AUGGAGACUAGUCUCGUUGUGGACAAAGACGGGUUUUUCACAAGUAGUUAUCACCGUAUCUUUGAUCCUAAGAACUUGGAGUUAUCCUACGAGAGCUCCAAUCUUGUGUUAGAAGAUGUCGACUCUGCCUUUGAUGAGGCGGUCGAAAGGCAUAACUACAUUCGUUCUCGCCGUCACUGCAUCAGGCAGCGUGAAGAUAAGCCAUACAAGGCCACAAAGGAUCCCAUCUUUGCACCGUCACAGGAGGCAUUUUCGGAGGUAUGCGAUGAUUAUAUUCGUCGCUCUCCAAGUCGUUACAGCUGUAGUCCGCGUAGAAGAGGUAGAUAUAUAAUGGCACAGCAAGGCAUUACAAUUUCAGAAAGUAGCGACCCUGUUCAGCGAGACAUCUCUGCCCAGUACAGUUCACCCAGUAAUUCCAGUUUCAGUAGCUAUAAUAUUAACACAGAUGUUAUUCAUUCGUUGACCCAUCAAUUAGCUGGAGUCGCACUUAGCAGGUCUGAGAGUAUACUCAGUGACAGUAUGUGCAACUCAACUCUAUCCAAAUCUGCGUAUAGGGCUCCACUUUCUAUCUCCAUUAGUAAGUGCUUCAAACAGACCUCAAACAACAUCUCUAGCUCUGCUUCCACUGGUGCACGGCGGGGUUGCUUGCAGCUUCUUUCUAGUCAGGUGGCGGUACCAAGUAAUCAGACUAGUGUACACUCGCCUAUAAAGUCAGCGUCUUCCUUGCUAGAGCUCCCCAGUACCAGGACUAGUUAUCUAACACUGUCACGAGCCGGUCCAAGAUUCCGAAAGACCAAGAGUCCAGACAAGCCGUCUCUGACUAUUACUGUGAGAAGUUUAAAUCCCCUGUUAUCUACAUAG